AUGGCGAGUGAGCUCCAUGAACUGGAGACCACCAUCAUGCCGCAGUUUGAGCUCAUGAUUGAAGCAGCUAACAAGGGCAACCACAAGAUCAAGUUGGAAAAAUGGGUCCAAGAGCUCAAAGAAGCCUUCUGCAAAGCCGAAGACCUGCUCGACAAGCAUGAGUACAACCUCCUCAAGCGCCAAGCAAAGAGCGGGAAGGGUGCCUCCACCAGCACUUGUAUGCAUCCUGCGUUUAACUGGCUGUCCAAUCUGGGCACCAAGAACAGGAAGUUACUUCACCAGCUCAAGGAACUGAAGGCCAUUCUUGCAAAAGGCAAAGAGCUCCGUGAACUUCUUUGCUUACCAGCUGGUAGUAAUAGUGCAGAGGGCCCUGCUAUUCCUCAAGCCACAUCAUUACCACCUCUGAAAGUAAUAGGUCGUGACAAGGAUCGCGAUCGUAUAAUAAACUUUCUUACCGAGCCGGUUGGUGCUGCCACCGACGCUAUAUAUUCAGGUAUGGCUAUUGUUGGAGCAGGAGGCAUGGGAAAAUCCACCUUGGCACAGCAUGUUUACAAUGACAAGAGGGUACAAGAACAUUUUGAUGUCCGGAUGUGGGUGUGCAUCUCACGCAGACUUGAUGUCCAUCGUCAUACACGGGAGAUCAUCGAGUCCGCGGCCAGGAGGGAGUGUCCGCGUGUUGAUAAUCUGGAUACCCUCCAGUGCCAACUAAGGGACAUGCUGCAGAAAUCAGAGAAAGUCUUGCUUGUGUUGGAUGAUGUUUGGUUUGAUGAUUCGAGCAGUCAGAUGGAAUGGGACCAACUUUUAGCUCCUCUGGUUUCACAGCUCAAGGGAAGCAAAGUUUUGGUAACUUCUCGACGGGAUACAUUUCCCUGUGCUCUUCGCUGUGAAAAGGUGCUCCGGUUGGAUACCAUGGAAGAUACCCAGUUCCUCGCACUCUUCAAAUACUAUGCCUUCGCUGGGGAAGAAACCAGAGACCUUUCAUUGCUUGAAAGGCUAGAAGAGAUUGCAGAGAAGAUAGCUAAAAGGCUUGGACAGUCUCCCUUGGCUGCAAAAGUUGUUGGUUCGCAGUUGAAAGGGAAAAUGGAUAUAUCUGCCUCGAAAAAUGCUCUAACUUUAAAGAUUGAAAACUUAAGCAAGCCCAGGACAGCCCUGUUGUGGAGUUAUCAGAAGUUAGAUCCACGUCUUCAGAGGUGUUCUGCAUAUUGCAGCUUGUUUCCAAAAGGGCACAAAUAUGACACUGAUGAGUUGGUUCACCUGCUUGUAGUGGAGGGACUUGUUGAUUCAAGCAACCAGAAUAGGAGAAUGCUAGAUAUUGGAAAGGAUUACAUCAAUGAGAUGGUCUCUGGAUCUUUCUUGCAACCAAUUUCAUAUUUAUUUGGCCGCACGUACGUCAUCAUGCAUGAUCUUCUUCAUGAUUUGGCUGAGUCGCUCUCUAAACAAGACUGCUUUAGAUUAGAGGAUGAUAAGGUGACAGAAAUACCAUGCACCGUCCGACAUCUAUCUGUCUGUGUUGAGAGUAUAAAACGACAUAAGCACAAUAUCUGCAAGCUACAUAAUUUACGCACUGUUAUCUGCAUCGAACCACUUACAGAUGACAUAAGUGGUAUUUUCGAUCAGGUUCUGCAAUAUUUGAAGAAGUUACGUGUGCUCCAUUUGUGCUUUUACAAUAGUAGCAAGCUACCUGAAUCUGUAGGUGUGUUGAAGCACCUUCGGUAUUUGAACCUCGUCAAAACUUCUAUUGCCGAGUUGCCUGGAUCAUUAUGUGCUCUUUAUCACCUACAGGUACUUCAGUUAAACGAUAAAGUUAAGAGCUUGCCUGACAAACUCUGCAAUUUAAGCAAGCUACGGCAUCUUGAAGGGUAUCGCGAUCUGACAUACCAGUUGUAUCAAGUAGCUCUGCCUCAAAUCCGUUAUAUAGGCAAGCUAACUUUGCUCCAACAUCUUGAAGAAUUUUGUGUGCAAAAGCAGAAGGGGUCUGAGUUGCAACAGAUCAGAGACAUGAAAGAGCUUGGUGGCAGUUUAAAUGUCAGAAAUCUGGAGAAUGUCAGUGGAAAGAAUGAAGCCAUAGACUCUACGCUAUAUCUGAAAAGUCACCUUGGAACCCUCAGCCUUGUCUGGAGUUGCAAUGAUGGCACGAGAGUAGAGGAUAGUUUACAGUUGGAGAUUAUAGAAGGUUUGAAGCCGCCGCCUCAACUUCAUUGCCUCAAAAUUGAAGGUUACAAAUGUGCCACAUAUCCAAGUUGGUUACUUGAGGGUUUGUAUUUUGAAAAUUUGCAAUCUUUUACGCUUGUUAACUGCAGUGCGUUAGAAGGCCUGCCACUCAAUACUAAGCUCUUCAGGCAUUGCACUGAACUGCAGCUCCAGAAUGUGUCAACUCUGAAAACAUUAUCUUGUCUUCCAGCUGCACUUGCCCGCUUAAUGAUUGGCAGUUGUCCAUUGCUUACGUUUAUUACUGAUGGUGAGCUAGAACAGCAUGAUGAGAGAGAGAACAUCAUGAGGACAGACUACUUGGCAUCACAACUUGCCUUCAUAUGGGAGGUGGAUUCCGGAUCAGAAAUUAAGAAAGUAUUAUCAUCAGAACAUUCAUCUCUGAAGCAGUUGAUGGAUGCUGACAAGUCACAUCUUCAAACCAUUGCAAGUGCUAUAGAAAGAGAAAACAAUGAACUAAUGCUGAAAGAGGAUAUCAUCAAGGCAUGGAUAUGUUGCCACGAGAAGAGGAUUGGAUUUAUUUACGGAAGAAGCAUCGGGAUGUCGUUGGUUCCACCGUCGGGGCUUUGUCGACUUCACCUUUCUUCGUUCAACAUUACUGAUGGGGCAUUAGCUGUUUGCCUUGAUGGUCUCACUUCACUGACAAGGUUGGCCUUAGAGGAGAUCAUGACUUUAACUACACUUCCGUCGCAAGAGGUACUCCAACAUUUGACAAAGCUUGACCACAUGUUCAUCAAAUCUUGCUGGUGUUUGAAGUCACUAGCAGGCUUAAGAGCUGCUACCUCUCUUUUGGAGGUUAGGUUGAUUACCUGCCCUUUGUUAGACUUGGCACGUGGAGCAGAUUUAUUGCCAUUAUCUCUGAAGGAGCUCGUUAUAUCCCGUUGCGUUGUCGCAGCCAAUUCCAUCAGUGGUGACUUGCCGCAGCUGGUAGACCUUUCCAUGUUUCGGUGUAGAAGCUCUGCAUCCUUGUCGAUUGGCCAUCUGACCUCCCUUGAAUCAUUAUCACUAGGAGGUUUCCCGGAUCUGUGCUUUCUUGAAGGCUUGUCUUCCCUGCAAGUUCAUCAUGUGCAUUUGACAAAUGUUCCGAAGCUAACUGCGGAGUGCAUCGCACAGUUUCGGGCACAGAAAUCACUCUAUGUUAGCAGCCCUGCGAUGCUCAACCACAUGCUCUCAGCUGAAGGCUUUACAGUUCCAUCAUUUCUUUGUCUUGAAGAAUGCAAGGAUCCAUCCGUUUCAUUUGAGGAAUCUGCAAAUUUCACUUCAGUCAAGUGCCUGAGAUUACGCGAUUGUGAAAUGAGUUCCCUGCCAUGA